AUGGACAGUGCGGGAGUUUCCCAUCGUUCAAUCGGUGCGUAUUUGCGCGCAAAGGAGGUGCUUGUCGUGCGCUCUUCGGCCGGAAAGAGUUCCCUCCCUAAAUCGAGGCGGUCAGCGGCGUUCGUCUGCCGUCUGAUCUCGUCGGGAUUGCAUCGCGGCCGCAGUCGUCGUCGUCAACGUCGUCGUGGUGUCGCCUUGACCCGUACCUAUCGCCUCCGCCCCUCUCUUAACUAUACUCUAUCUGUCGUCACACGCACCAACGCGUCGAGUCAUCAUAUCUUCCGCUGGCUGACAUUGGCGAGAGUUGACCCCGAAGCGAACAGCGAUUUACUGACCGCUAAUAGUGGCUGGAUUCUAUAUUCUGCGAUCUAUUCACCCGGUGAAGGGAAAACGGUCAAGAACCUUGAAGACGAGGCGCGAGGCUGGCGCGGUGAGAUUUCCUCAAGCCGAAGUGCCAUCAAUUUCGACGAACUACAUACAAAAGAGCCAACUAUGCCACAAUAUGAAGUAAGGGUGCGAGUUCCACGUGCAAACGGGACGCCUGCUGGAGCAGCACCAAGUCCACGGAAUGAUGACGAUGAUUUUGCUAAUGAGACGCUCUUUUUUGAGCGUAAUCGUAUUAAGCAACUGCAAGAUGAACGCGUACAUAUCCAAAAGAAAACAUUUACAAAGUGGUGCAACUCCUUUCUGAAUCGGGCCAGAUUGGAAGUUGUGGAUCUCUUUGUUGAUUUUGGAGAUGGUGUUCUAUUAAUGAAACUUCUGGAGAUUAUUUCUGGCGAGAAAUUGGGAAAACCCAAUAGAGGUCGUAUGCGGGUGCAGAAGAUUGAAAAUCUCAACAAGUCGCUGGACUUUCUUAAAAGAAAAAGAAUUCAACUCGAAAACAUUGGAGCUGAAGAUAUUCUGGAUCGAAAUGAACGCCUCAUUCUUGGUCUCAUAUGGACGAUCAUCCUUCGUUUCCAAAUCGAUACUAUUGUUAUUGAAGAUGAAGAAGAACGUGGUGAGCGUAAACACGCCAAAGAUGCACUUCUUCUUUGGUGUCAGCGAAAAACUGCUGGUUAUCCUAACGUCAGAGUGGAGAACUUCACAACAAGUUGGCGUAACGGAUUAGCUUUCAACGCUCUCAUUCACGCUCACAGACCUGAACUGUUGAACUUCAAUGCGUUGAACCCCAACGAUCAUAUUGGAAAUCUCAACAAUGCCUUUGACGUUGCUGAGAAAAAGUUGGAGAUCGCGCGCCUUCUCGAUGCCGAAGAUGUGGACACGGCUCGUCCUGAUGAGAAGUCAAUUAUCACGUACGUAUCCCUGUACUAUCAUCACUUCGCAAAACAAAAGACGGAGUUGACUGGAGCUCGUCGUGUUGCCAAUAUUGUUGGGAAAUUGAUGAACAGCGAUACAAUGGAAGAGGAUUACGAGCAUAUCUCAUCUGAUCUGCUGAAGUGGAUUCAUGAAACUAUCAAAUUGCUUGAGAAUAGACGAUUCCCGAACUCGUUGCACGGAAUGCGUGAAGAACUUGGCAAAUUUAAUGAAUUCAGAACUGUAGAGAAACCUCCCAAGUACAAGGAAAAAGGAGAACUUGAAGCCUUAUUUUUCACUAUUCAAACGAAGAGAAAGGCCAUGAGUAGAAAGCAGUAUGCUCCCCCGCAAGGUCUUUCUAUGUACGACGUAGAAUCAGCAUGGGAGAAGCUCGAUCGAGCUGAAAAUGAUCGGCAACUCGCAAUCAUUGCAGAGUUACAGAGACAAGAACGCCUCGAACAAGUAGCUCAGCGUUUCCAUAAGAAAGCUAACCUUCGAGAAAGCUGGCUUAGAAAUGUACAAGUAGUUCUGGAAGAGAUGGAUCAUGGGAGAACGGCGACUGAAGUGGAAAAAUCGCUGAAAAAGCAACAAGCAAUUGCAAAUGAUAUUCUUGCGAGGGAAGAGCGUUUCAAACUGCUCACAUCGAUGUGUGCUGAUUUGUGCAAUGAAAGAUACCAUGAGAGCGAUAAGAUUCGUGCACGUGAAAGGGACAUAAUAGAGAGAUGGACACACCUGCUAACCUUGCUGGAACAACGUCGCAAAGCUCUGAUGGGAUUAAAUGAUCUUAUGACUCUUCUGAGAGAUAUUGAUACUCUAGCUAGUGAACUUAAACAUCUAGAGCCGGUUGUUCGAAAUCGCGAUGUAGGGAAACAUUUGCUAGGUGUUGAGGAUCUGCUUGGGAAACAUGAACUUGUUGAAGCGCAGGUGAAUGCUCAAGGAACAUGGCUCACCAAUGUCACCAACCAGGCUAACAGAUAUAUUAGAAGCAAAGGCGAACAAUAUGAUGUACUACAAAGAAAACUUGACGAUGUUACAGCACAGUACUACUCCCUUGUCGAUCUAUGUCGUCUUCGACGCGCUAACCUAGACAAAGCUCGAUCCUUGUAUCAGUUUGUGCAGGAUCAUGAAGAGGAAUUAUCUUGGUUGGGUGAAAAAGAACAUCUUUGUCGUCGUGCACUUGCAAGCGGCGAUGUUGCAGCAGUGCAGCAAACGACAUUGCUGUAUAAGAAUACGGAAACGGAAAUGCAGUCACAUUGGGCGCGCAGCAAGGAUAUGAUGGCCGCAGGCGAACGCCUUAUUGAGAACGGUCAAUCUCGAGAGGAUAUCCAGCGUCGUAUUCAAGCGAUGCAGGAGGGCUGGGAACGACUUCGUGCUGCCCAUCAAGCGCUGGGCCAAUGGCUUAGCGAAGCUAAGCAGGCACAACAGUAUUUCCAGGAUGCAAAUGAAGCUGAGUCAUGGAUUCGUGAGAAGAUGCCAUUGGUGAAAAGUGAUGAUCUUGGACGUGAUGAAGGAGCGGCUGAGUCGUUGUUGCAAAGACAUGCUCGUCUUGAAGAAGAAAUCCAUGCAUAUAGAGCUGACAUUGUUAGAUUGGAAGAAAUGAGCCAACAACUCGCAAACAGUUCCUUCCAUACUGCCACAACGAGCUCUCAAGAGACUGAAGAGGUUACCGUGCCGCAAAUUGAAAUGUUGUACAAAUACGAAGGAAAUGGUAUGACUGUGGUGAAGGGUGAAGUGUUAGCACUUCUUGAGCAGUCUACGCCGGAAUGGUGGCGUGUGUUAAAGCAGGACGGUACUGAAGGAUUCGUGCCGGCAAACUACUGCAGAAAGGUUCCUGGAAAAACGGUCACUGUCACACAAACUACUACAACUCUGAAGAAUCAUACAGAUGUUGUGGACAGCCGUCGUGCGAUUGUGGAUCGCCAGAAGAUGAUCUCAUCGGAUUACAGACAACUAAAUAGUUUAGCAGAAGUGAGGCGACGAUUGCUAUCGGAUAACAUCAAGCUCAUGAGGUUCUACCGCGAAUGCGAUGAAUUCGAAGGAUGGGCACGUGAGACUGAAGCUGCCCUGGCAGAUGAACCAACUGUAGAACACGUGAAGGCAUUCCGUAGGAAGUUUGACCGUCUGGAAGCUGAUAUGAAGGCAAAUGGUGGCACCCAGUUGAGACACAUCAACAUCAUGGCAGACGAACUAAUUAGCGAAGGACAUAGUCAAUCAAGACAGAUUGAGGCGCGACAGAGAAAGGUGAAUGCUCUCUGGGCAGAAUUGGAGCGCCUACGAGCGCAACGUGCUGCUAAACUGGAGACGACUGAAAGAGUUGCAGAUUUCGACUCGUCUUGCGAUGAUGCCAGAGAAUGGAUGCAGGGCAAAUUCGAUCUACUGGAUAGGAAUCCAAACGAUUUGAAGAGCUUGCAGAAUUUAGAACGAGAUUUGAAGCCACUUGAAGACAAGAUUCACUAUCUUGAGAAAUUGGCAGCCGAGGUGAAAAAGAAAAAUCCUGAAGAAGCAGCGGCGAUUGAGCGAAAAAUUGCAGAACUACGCGCACUUCACACUGAACUUCUGCGCCGAGCUCGUGAAAAGAUAAAAAUUGCUGAACAAUCACAAGGCCAAGAAAUGUUCGAAUCCGCACUCAGAGAUGUGUUUAAUUGGAUUGACCGUACAAAGAAAGCGCUUGCUGAAAAUGUUCGUGCAUUAGACGUACAACAAGCAGAGGACCUUCUUAAGAAACACUAUGAACUCGGUGAACAGAUCAAAGAUAAGAAAUACGAGAUCGAGUACGUUCAAGAGCUUGGACACCGCUUGCUCGAAAAGAAUCCGCGAUUACGCGAAGUUGAAGAGCAGCUGAAACAUCUCGGUUCGGAAAUGGCAGUUGUGAAGAAUAUGUAUCGUGCCCGUGACUCCCAACUUAAAGAACAGCUUGACCUACAGCUGUUCAACCGUGAGGCUGAACGCAUUGAUUCUGCCACUAAAGGCCACGAAGCUUUCCUUGACUACGCUGAUUUGGGAGACUCAGUGGAAUCAGUUGAGAAUUUACUGAAGCGGCAUCGUGACCUAGAAGCUAAGUUAGACGCUCAAGAAGGCCGUCUUGCCGCAUUCUCCAAGAAUGCUGAUGAACUCAUUAAAAAUAGACAUUCCGAGAGUGCCUUCAUAGACGCACGACGUGCUGAUGUGUUAACUCGACGUGCUGCGGUUCGUCGCCUUGCCGCUGAACGCCGCACUCGUCUUGAAGCUUCACUAGAGUAUCAAAACAUGAAGAGAGAUGCUGAGGAGAUGAUUUCAUGGAUCCAUGAGAAGAAGAAGUUGGCUAACGAUGACUCCCAUCGUGAUCUCACAUCAAUUGCCAACAAAUUACUAAAACACGAAGCGUUCGAGGCAGAAGUUGGAGCUAAUGGUCCACGUGUGGCCCAAAUUAAUAGAGUUGGCUCUGCUCUUAUUGCCCAAAAACACUACGAAUCUGCUAAUGUGGAUCGUCUAUUGAAACGAUUGAACGCUGAAUGGCUCGAACUUGGCGACGCAGUUGCUCGCAAGGGCGAAAAACUACGUCAAGCAUCCGAUCAGAAGGGAUUAAAUCGUAUUCUCGAAGAUGCACAUGCGAAACUUGACGAACUGGAAACAGCUUUGAAGUCGGACGAGCACGGCUCAGACCUGCGAGCUGUGAAAGAUCUCAUCCAGAAACAUGCAGUGCUUGAACAAGAAAUGGGUAUCUAUGAGAAGAAACUCACUGAAAUCUACAAAAAAGGACGAAAAAUGGCCGAACAGGGUCAUUUUGAUGCGGACAGGAUCAACUACACAGUGGCUGCACUGCUGAAAAGAUUUGAAGAUCUCGGAGGUCCCGCCAGUGCUCGUAGAGCAGCAUUAGAAGAGUCCAGAAAAUGGCAUCAGCUUGCAUUUGAUGUGGAUUGUGAACUGCAAUGGAUCGCCGAAAAGAAACCGAUUGCAUCCUCCGAAGACACUGGUCGAAAUUUGACGGAAGCUUUGAAUAUGGUGAAAAAACAGGAUCAGCUUGAAGCUGAGGUUCACCAACAUUCGAGCAAUAUCGAGGCCACAAUAGCACAAGGAGAAGCUUUGAUUCAUAGUGGACAUAAAGCCGCUCCACAGAUUAAAGCUAAAUGUGAACAGCUUGCUGACGCUUGGAGAAAUUUGACGCAGCUUGUGAAAAGACGUCGACAGGUGGUUGAUUGGGGAGUGAAGGAACAGCAGUACAUGUUUGAUGCAGCGGAGGUAGAAUCAUGGAUGAAUGAGAAACGUGCCGCACUUGAAUCUAACAACUACGGUCAAGACGAAGAUGCUGCGCAGAAGCUUCUUGCUAAACAUAGAGCACUACAGAAGGAUAUGCAGACUUACAGACAAUGGCUGGACAAGCUUGCGAUAAAAUGCUCUGAGCUGGUGGAUUCACAUCGGCCAAAUGUUGAGCGUUUUGCUAUUAGACAGAAAGAUUUAGAAACUGAAUUCGACAGACUCAGCCGUCUAGCUGAAGAACGUCGACGUGCUCUUGAAGAUACCGUACAUCUGUUCGAGUAUAUGCGUGAAAGCGCAGAUCUCGAACAAUGGAUCAAUGAACAACUACAGACAGCGAUGAGCGAGGAAUACGGUGACGACUAUGAGCAUUUCAAGGAACUUCAAUCACGUUUCGAAGAAUUCAAACAGAGUGUGAGGACCGGCAGCGAACGCUUCGUGUCGUGUGAAGCGGCUGCCAAUGCACUUCUCAGGAGAAAUCCACCAUUCGGGAGAGACAUCUUGAAGAAACAAGAAAAACUGCGAUCUGUGUGGACAUUACUUCUGGACUACAUUGAGUCAAGAGAGUCUAAGUUGGCAGCGGCAGAGGAACUGCACCGUUUCAAUCAAGAUGUUUUGGAGCAUGAAGAAUGGGUUGUGGACAAAAGAACAAAUAUGUCUCGUGACAAGGGCAGAAAUAUACAACAGGCUAAGUCUCUAAGCCAGAAACAUGAGACACUUGAGAAGGAAGUAGCUGGCAUGGAACCGCAGUUGCAGAAACUUCUUGCCGAGUCUGCUCGCUUAAAAGAGUCUUAUCCUGGUGGAAAUGCUGAACAUAUUGCCCAACAGCAAGUUGAACUGGCUGAUAGUUGGCAGGAUUUGCUCAACGCUAUUGAAGACAGACGUGAUGAACUUCGUGCGGCAAGAGAUAUGCAUCGUUUCAACGCAGACGUUCGUGAUCUCUUAGCCUGGGCGGAUGUCACUAUUGCUGAUAUGCAGACUGAAAUGCAAGUAAAUGGUCUGCAACAGGCUGAAGCUCUUCAAAAAGAACAUUCGAGGCUUCGCGGAGAAAUCACUGCUAGAGCACCUGAAUUUGAAAAAGUAGCUCGCUCCGGCGAAGCGAUGAUUCAACGUGGACACUUCGAUUCCCACAAUAUCUCUAAGAAGGUUCACCAAGUGACCACAGCUCUGGAUCGACUUCAAUCAGAAUGGGAUCUUCGUCAAAGUUACUUAGUACAGUUGGUUCAAUGGCAUGCUCUUCAGCAAGAAGCUAACCAAAUCCUUACUCUUAUCGCCAGUAAAAGAGCUACACUUCGUCAAUUGGCUGUCGGAGGCAGUGUUGCGGAUGUUGAAGGACAACAGAAACGUCUGGACACGUUCGCUAAGGCGCUUUCAACUUUAGACGAGAGAACUAAGGCCCUGGAUCGUACAGCGAAUGAGCUUAUUGCAAACAACCACAUGGAGAAAAAUAACAUUGAAGUGUCGAAAAAGAAGGUCCACGAUGCACUUUCUCUGCUUCAUAAAGAUGUGGAACAACGUCAUCUCCUUCUCAACGACGCCUUCAUGCUGGCUGCGUUUGACCGCGAUGUGGCGGAUACGGAGGCGUGGAUCGACGACAAACUCAAAGGGAUACGCCUCGAAAAAGAUCGUCAAGGACAGUGCACCUCAAUUGAGGAUAAGAUGAAGCGUCUACAGAAGCAUCAAGCUUUAGAGGCAGAAUUAGCAGCGAAUCGCAAACGAGUAGAUCAAGUGCUUAAUCGCGGAAAAGAGCUUCAGAUGAAACAUCGUGAUGCAGGGAUUGAUAAACGUUGCGAUGGUUUGUACAAUCGUUGGAUGACUCUGGUGGACGCUUGCUCUGAGCAAUCACGAGCGCUUGAGGAAGCUCGAGAUCUUCUCACCUUCAGACAAUUGGUUGAUCGUGUACUUUCGUGGGCUCAUGAAAGAGAGCUCAUGGUCACAGCUGGUGAAAUGGGUCGUGAUCUUGAACACUGCAAAAUGCUUAUCGAUCGAUUGGACGGCACUCAAGCUGAUUCUUCAGUGGAUGAACAGACUUUGGAUGAGAUCAAUCGUCUCGGAGAAAAGCUUAUCGGUCAGGGUAGAACAAGCCGUGAAGAAGUGCAACAACAACAGCAACAUCUGAAUCAAACAUGGGAAGCCCUCCACGGGAAAUUGGCCUCAUAUCGACGACAACUCUCAGCAGCUUUGGAAGUACAUGCAUUCAAUCGUGAUGUCGAUGACACGAAUGAGAGGAUCCACGAGAAAAUCGCUGCGAUGAGAAGUGAUGACUAUGGACGAGACUUUGCAACGGUUGAUGCCUUGCUGCGAAAGCAAACGGCUCUGGAGCGUGACAUGAGCGCAAUUCAUCAGAAGCUCAUUGCCCAUGAUAAGGAUGCACAGAAUAUUCUAGCUAAGAAACCACCAUUGAAGCAUACUAUACUGGAUUCAUUGAAAAAGCUCGAAGAAAGUUGGAAGGAAUUGAGUCAAGCUGCAGAAUUGCGCAAUGAAUGCCUGGAUAAGUCCUAUAAAUUGCACAAAUACAUCGAUCAAGUGAAGAAAGCUGAACAAUGGGCAGCACAACUCCGUAACAAAAUGACGUCGUACCAAGUACCGAAAACCACUGCUGAGGCUGAACAGCUCAUAGCACAACACGCUGAGCGUCGAGCUGAGAUUGACGGACGUCAAGACGAACUGCACAUCCUACAUGAAGAAGGUCAGCGUCUCAUUGCCGAACAACCAGAGCAUAAACCAGAAGUGCAGAGAGCUCACAAACGAGUCCAGAACUCUGAACAUCAACUGAGACAAACUUGGGAGGCUGAGAAGGCCUCGCUUCAACGCACACUGGAAUGGCUACAAUGGUGUGAUCAAGCGGCUAUGUGUGAAAGAUGGCUGGCAGAUAAAGAGAAUGUGCUCAAACAAGGUGAUAUUGGUGAUGCACCAGAUGCUGUUCAGCUACUUAUCAAAUCACACGACGCCUUCGAGGAGACGAUCAAGAAACAAGGUGAAAAGUUAGUCCGGUUGAAAUCUGAUGCUGAAAAGCUGAUAGGAAGCGACAACGAAUAUCGUGGUGAUGUUCAGGCAAGGUGCGAAGAAGUGCUUCAGCGUCACGAAGCUAUGUUGGAAACCUCUUCCAAUCGUCGUGGCCUCCUUUGCGACAGCAAGAAAUACCAUGAAUUUAUCCGUACCUGUGGUGAACUGAUCACUUGGAUCAACGCUAAGCUACAGCUUGCUUACGAUGAAUCGUACCUCGAUCCCACUAAUCUUCGUGCCAAACUGCAGAAACAUCUAGCAUUUGACUCGGAGCUCACCGAGAAUGAGAAAAGACUUGUAGCGGUGGAAGCGCAAGGAGAACAGCUGAUCAAGGAGAAACACUUUAUGAGUGAACAGGUUCGCGCACAACUUGGCGAACUUAGAAGCGGUUGGGAUGAAUUGCGUACGAAAUCGGCAUUGAAAACUAGUCGACUCCGAGAAGCUUAUGAGGCUCAUACUCUUCAACGAAAAGUUGAGGAUAUGGAAAGAUGGCUGGAUCGAAUCGAAGCCGAAUUGACUUCGGAAGAUCAUGGACGCGAUCUUCUUUCCGUUGAACAUCUGAUGAAGAAACUAGAUGCUCUUGAUGCAGAGAUUCGCGGUCGUGCUGACGCAGUUACCGAUCUGAUACAGAAAGCGCGUGAAAUCAAAACAAUGGGAUCGCCUACUUCAGAUGCAAUUCUCGGUGCAGCAGAACAAGUUCAGGCGAGAUACGCUUCUUUGAAUGAACCGGUUGCAAUUAGAAGGGAGAAUCUUCGCGACGCGCAUGAUUUGUACGAAUGGACAGCGUGUGCUGAGGAAGAACUGGAAUGGUUGGCGGAUAAACUGCCAUUGGCACGAAGCCAAGAGUGUGGUGAUAGCCUACAUGCCGCGCAUAGCUUACAGAAGAAGCAUGCUGCCCUAGAAAAAGAGCUGGAAUCGCGACAAGCUGGAAUCCAAGAAAUCGAGUCUAAAGGUUAUGCUAUGAUUCGUGCCAAGCAUUUCGCAUCACCACAAAUUGAGAAAACAAUUGACACAUUGUCAUCUGCGUUGUUGUCAAUUAAGGACGCUGCCUCAGUUCGACGCGCUCGUCUUCAACAAGCAGUCGAUAGCCAUGAAUACUACACGGAAGUGGCUGAGGCUGAGCAGUGGAUAAGAGACCAAAUGCCUGUUGCAACCAAUCAGGAGACCGGUCGCGAUCAGGUUGCUGCUGAAGGAUAUCUGCGAAGACUAACCGCUUUGGAUAAAGAGGUGGCGAAGUUCAAAGACGAAAUAGAACGACUUCGAGCUCGUUGCGAUGCACUGCAGGAACACCAGAAUGCCAACCAGAUCGCUGCUCGUCAAGUCAAACUGGAGACAGCGUACUCUGAUUUUGUUAAAGAGUGUAACAGAAGACGUACUCAGCUAGUGGAUGCAGGGAGGUACCAUCGCUUUGUGCGACAAGUUGAUGACCUUUCUGACUGGCUACACGACAAAGAACAUCUCGCCUCCUCUGAAGACUACGGUCGCGAUCUGGAAGAUUGUGUACAACUCACCGAGAAAUUCGAGACAGUCGUACGAGAGCUGGCGGCAGCUGGUGAACGUGUUGCAGGAGUCCAAAGAGCCCAGGAAGAACUGCUUAGAAGCGGCCACCCUUAUGCAGCAUCCAUUCGUGCUAAAGGAACUGAUCUUCAUAGUCUGUGGACUUCGGUAAAUGAAGCAGCUACGGAAAGACAACAAGCGCUGGCUGGAGCACGUCAAGUACAUCGAUUCGACCAAGAAGCCGAUGAGACACUCAACUGGCUUGGGGAUAAAGAAGCAACUGGUGUUGCUAUGGAAAACGAAGAUCUAGCACAUGCUGAUUUGGCAACAAUCAAGGUUCAAAUGCAGCGUCACGACGAGUUCGUACACGGAAUGCGUGCUGUUGAGAAGCAGGUGGCUGAAUUGUGUCGUGAAGCAGAACGUCUAUGGACUUCAUUCCCUAACACGCGUGAGCAUCUGGAGGUACGCAAAAUGGAUAUGGAAGAACAACUAAAGGAUAUCCUGGAAGGCACAAGGAGACAUCAUGAACGCCUGCAGCAUAUGGAAAGCCUUCAGGCUUACUUCCAGGAAUACCGUGAGCUGAUGCAGUGGAUGAAAGCGAUGCAAGCAUCGAUGACAUCGGAGCAACUCCCACGUGAUGUCAUUGGAUGUGAAGCCUUGGCAAGACGUCAUGACGAAUACAAUCUGGAAAUGCAAGGUCGUAAAUCACACAUUGACGAGUUCAUUCGUCAAGGUAGACAAAUGAUCCAGUCUGGUCACGUGCUUUCACAGGAAAUUAGCGAGAAGGUUGAAACAUUGGAAAAGUCUUGGGCGGUACUUUGUGAGGUGUGGAAGGAUCGUUAUGAACUGUACAAUGAGAACUUGGACUGCCAGCGUUGGAAGCAAAAUGCGGCCCAACUGGAGCAAUGGCUGCUGGAGAGAGAGCGGCUACUUGGAGAUGAUUGGCGUCAUGUCGACACAGUGGAGAAUGCUGAGUCUCAACUGCGUGACUUUGACGACUUCCUAAUUACUCUGGAUGCCCAAGCAGACAGAUGCGAAAUGGUAAAACGACUCACGUUGAUCGAACAGAGCUUUAGCCGUCUGAGAAAGAAGGAGAUUGAACGUACCCGCAUCGCUGAAGAAGACCAGAAACGUCGCGAUACGAUCAAAGUAGUUGAGAAAGGACAAAUACUUGCGAACAGACGACAAGAGAGAGAAAGGAGGAAGACACAGGAAAUCUCCCUCCUCCGUCCAAGUCCAAACGAAGACUACACGAGCCAGACAUUGCCGAAGAAGAUAGAACGAGUAGAACGCAGUAAAACAGCAACAAUAGGAGAAAAUGUAGUUGUCGGUGGUCCAUCAACCAUGGUGACUUCUGCUGUAAAUGCGCCUGUUGUGUCUGGAGCCGAAGUUGAUAUGAGAAAGACACCAUCGUUCACCACUAGACGUGGUCAUUCUAUGUCCAGAAACAGCACUAGCCGAUGGGAAGAUAUGGGAGCGAUUGACAUGAGAGGCUUCGUGGAUAGAAAACAAGAUCUUCAAAGUGGUGGAAAGAAGGCAACGAUAAGAUCAUGGAAGAAUUACUAUACUAUCCUGUGCGGCCAGUUGAUGUGUUUCUUCAAGGAUGAAGCUGCAUUCUACGACAAUCUUGCUGCUGCAGCGCCCGUAUACAUCUAUGGUGCACGAUGUGAACCGUUCCCCGAAUACAUAAAGAGGAAGCACGCAUUCAGGCUUGCUACUCAAGAUGGCGCUGAGUAUGUAUUCGCUUGCUCAGAUGAGCGACAAAUGCUUGAAUGGGUUGCAAAGGUGAAAUUCCAUGCUGGUCUUGCACCUAGCAACCAACUUAAAUCCUAUAACUAUCAUGCUGCGGAAACGAUGCCAAUCGCUCCUCCUCUUCGGCGCUAUGAAUCACGAUCUAGCGACGAGGUUCCUCCGGUACCAAUGCGUCGUAGCUUCCGAGAUGAAACGUCUCGACCACCGUCGCGCGUAUCAGCAUUUGAUUCCUACGACGGAUCAUACACUUUGGAACGUACUGGGAGUACAGUUGGACGUGGUGUAUCCACUUCGUUCACAUACGGACCGACAGCGACAAUUCGCACUCCAUCCGCGACGAACGGAUAUAUGGAAACGUUAGCAUAUCAAGAACAUUCUACGUCGACGUAUACACGCGAAACGCCCCCGCAUCGUGAUAGUCGCGUUUCGGAAAGUGUGGAGUUCAUCUCAUGGGUGGAAAACAAUCAACCACACGGUCGACAAACUCCUACACUGCCUACAACUCCCUCAUCUCAUCAUGACAAUGACUCCUUAAAGAGCGAGAAGAAGCGAUUUUCACUGUUCGGUAAACGUGGAUCGAAGUCUCAAAAAUGA